CUUGUGAAUACUUGAAGCUGAAGCACACACACGGCGCUGUCAUCACUUCUUCCCUGUGCUUCCAAAGAGGCCAAGUUGGACUGAACUGAGGGGACCCGCCCCCCGAAACCGCCAUGUUGCUCUGGGCAGUGUGGAGUAUAAUUUUGUUGCUGAUUCCACUGGAUGAUGCAGAAAAGGAAGAGGAUGUCCGAGCAGGCUGCAGCACAGCAGUGAAUGACUUGGUCUUUAUUGUUGAUGGCUCGUGGAGUGUUGGCGUUGCUGAUUUUGAAACAGCCAAGCAAUGGCUAAUCAACAUCACCAGCCAGUUUGACAUCAGUUCCCACUAUACACAGGUGGCGGUGAUCCAAUACAGUGACACUCACCGUCUGGAGAUCCCUUUGGGAAAACAACAAAGUGCAGCAGAACUCAUUCAGGCCAUAAGAGGCAUCACUUACAUGGGAGGAAACACACAGACUGGCAGAGCCAUUAAGUUUGCUGUGGACCAUGUUUUCGCCACAUCCCAGCGAGCCAGCCAAGUCAAGAACCGCAUUGCUGUUGUGGUCACAGAUGGCAAAUCCCAAGAUGAUGUAGUGGACGCCAGUAUAGAGGCACGAGCUCAAAGCAUUACAGUGUUCGCAGUGGGAGUCGGUAGUGAAAUCACGAACUCAGAGCUUGUAUCGAUUGCUAACAAACCAUCUUCCACCUAUGUCCUGUAUGCUGAAGAUUACACCACCAUUGACCGUAUCCGAGACUCGAUGGAGCAGAGGCUCUGUGAGGAAUCUGUGUGUCCCACAAGAAUCCCAGUGGCUUCUCGAGAUGAGAAAGGCUUCGAGCUAAUGGUGGGCAUGAAUAUUGAGAAAAAAGCCAAGAAAAUUCCUGGCUCUUUGGUGUCUGAGACUGCCUUCGCCCUUACUACCUCAACUGACAUUACUGAGGACACAAGAGAGAUUUUCCCAGAGGGCCUUCCUCCAUCCUAUGUAUUUGUAGCCACCAUUCGUCUCAAGGGGAUUGCUCAAAAGUUGAACUUCGACCUUUGGAGGGUGCUAUCAAAGGACAAAAGGAUCCAAGCUGCAGUGACACUAAAUGGAAAGGACAAAACUGUCACCUUUACCACGACUAAAAUAACAAACAAGGAGCAGAGGAUUGUCUUCAAUUUGGGAUUUGAGGCUCUAUAUGAUGGAAUGUGGCAUCAGCUUAAACUCCUGGUGAGGCCCAGCCAGGUCAGCAGCUUCCUUGAUGAUCAGCGCAUUCAGGAAAUAACACCAGAACCAAUGGAAGCCAUUUACAUAAAUGGCAAGACGCAGGUGGCAAAGAGGCGAGGAACAGAUGUCACUGUCCCUGUGCAAAUCCAGAAACUGCGUCUGUACUGUGAUCCUCUUCAGAGUGAGAGAGAAACAGCCUGUGAGAUCUUCUAUGUGGAUGAUGAAAGGUGUCCUCUGAAUCGAAAAGCCCCAAUUGCCGAAGUGGAAGACUCUGAUGGUGCAGUUGGACCUCCUGGGCAGCGUGGCACACCAGGACUCAUGGGCGAGAAAGGGGAGGCAGGGUCACCUGGAGCUGAUGGUAAGCCUGGUGAAAUAGGGAAGCCUGGCCCUCCAGGAAUAAUGGGGAAGAAGGGUGUCGAUGGCUCACCAGGACCAAGAGGACAGCUUGGUAUCAAGGGCGACAACGGGAUGACAGGCUUAACAGGACCACAGGGGCUUCCUGGGGAGAGGGGUGAACCAGGACAUCCAGGAGAAGCGGGUUUAAAGGGAGAUCCUGGUGCUGUUGGAGCUCAAGGAGCCCCGGGUGCCCAGGGACCUCCAGGAGAAGCAGGCCCACUGGGACCUCAGGGAGAGAAGGGGUUGCAAGGACCACCUGGCAUACAAGGAACACCGGGGAACUGCGGUGAUUCGCGGGUUAAUACUUGUCUCGGUUCACCAGGGCAGAAGGGGUCAACAGGGGAGACGGGGUUUCCAGGGCUACCAGGUGCCCCUGGGCACCCGGGGUACAAAGGUCAUUGGGGAGAGGUGGGAAAGACAGGCCCAAAAGGAAAUAAGGGGGACCGAGGGAGAGAUGGAGAGCCAGGGACUCCUGCUAUACCUGGCCAAGUGGGACCCAGUGGAAGGGAAGGAGAGAAAGGAUUGAAAGGGGGUGAGGGCCCAAGAGGGCCUGAGGGAAAGAAAGGGGAUAUGGGCCACAAUGGCCACAUGGGUGCUGUUGGUCCAAGGGGAUUUCCUGGCCUGGACGGGCUGCCAGGUCAACCAGGUCAGCCUGGAUUUCCUGGAAAGCCAGGCAAAUCAGCAUCGGAUGAGCAUCUUGUCAAGCUCUGCACUGAUGUCCUGCGCAUUCAACUCCCUGCACUUCUCCGGACCAUGGAUACAUCAGCGUGGUGUGAACCCUGCCAUAUCGUGAAGGGCCCCCCUGGUGAGACAGGUGCUCCAGGACCCAAAGGCUCCAUGGGAAUCCCUGGAUAUCCUGGCAGCACUGGCUCCCCAGGAUACCCUGGAACUCCUGGAUUGCAGGGUUCUCCGGGCCUCAAAGGUGACACAGGACCAAGAGGGUUCAAGGGCAGCAAAGGUGAAGGUCACCAGGGACGUCCAGGACCACCCGGGCAGCUAGGGGCUCAAGGUCCUCGUGGCUUUGAUGGAGUUGGACAGCCGGGCAACCAGGGAAUUCCUGGGAAACCAGGAGCCCCUGGAGAUCCCGGUAAAAGGGGUAAUCCAGGGACACCGGGGGUAUGUGAUUUAUCCAUGUGUUAUCAGACCUACAACCUAAGGGAACAUUACAGCAAAGGACCCAAUAUCUGAUGGCAUACGCAGCAGCGAGGGACAGAAGUGCCACUGGCUUUAACACCCACAUGUAUCCAGAGGCCAUUUACUGUAUCACUGAUUCAUGUGUGACUGUUGACUCCUGCAGAAGCACGUUGUGCGCAGCACAACAACACUGGUGGCAGAAAUAACCUCAUACGUUGAGUCAAACUGAAAUGGGUGGCACAUGAUUCAUAGUUACGGAAUUAAUGGUCAAAACAUCAGCUGAGGGAAGUAUUCUGGGACACAAAUUGGACUUUUCAGUUGGAGCAGGUUUAUUAGUUCAAUGUAAAACAGAUUAGCACUAAUGUUUAUGACUUAGUUGUGUUUUGCUUUUGUGUAACUCGACAGAUUAUUAGUGGACGAGAUUGAAGGUUAGGCUAGCAGCAGUCCAAUGAGUAUUAACACCGUAUGUAUAAUACUCCACGACAGCGGUUCUCAAACACCACCACACCAAGUACCAUCUAAAAAAAAAUACUUCGCACUCCAAGUCCCAAAAUUAAAAUACAGUAGCAUAGUAGACCCAAGUGUUCAUAAAACAUAGACUUAAAGGUCAAAUAAAACUGCUCUACGACACUAAAUUAAUUUCACAUGGAAUCAGGAGGAACACGAAAACAUAAAAACAAAAUCCAGCAAUAGAUUUUCACUAUGUGGAAGGAUGCAUUCAUUCGAUUAGUGGAAAAGAUGGAUGGUUGUGGGUGUAAAGUGACAACAAGUUACCUUUAAUUAAUCAAAUAAUCUUACUUGUUGAAAACAUUCUCCAAAACAUGAACGCAACUCCAAGGUGGCAUUAAUGGGUUUACAGUAUCAACAAGUUACUUCUGCCUUGAGCACUUAAGUGCUGCCCCGUAAUAAUGAUUGUAUGAAAUGUGUGAAAAUGUCAGCACGUUCUUGAAAAGUGAAUCUGUAUUGCGCGGAUCAACAUACAUCAAGUUCAUCUUGUUAUUUACGUUGAACUUUUAACCUAAUGGAAAAAGGAUACAUAUUCAAGUGAGGGUUACUGCAUAUAUUUACUUCUGGAAGGUUCGGACGAUAAGUUGUCAAUGAUUUUUGCCCAUAUACACCAUCACUAUGUAUUUGAAAGAAAACAAUGAAGGUGUCUAUGUAGACUUUCAUCGUUAAAAAUAUGACAUUUACCAUUUCCAAAUAACAAUCUCUUUAUGCAUAGUAUCUCCUUUAUCAGUGCAUCAAAAGUAUUUGCGCAAAGUGACAUUGUUCUCUACAACUGUAUAUUGUUAGCUCCUGUUAAACGUCCUUUCAAUCAUAUCAUGCUUGUUAGCAUAGCAUGCUGAUUUCAAAUCAAUUGUAAUGGUGUAUAAAAGGCAAAAUCACAAAUGUUGUCAUUGUCUAAAUAUUUCUGGACCUCAGUGUAGGGUUACCAUCCAACCAUCAGACCUCCCUUUUUGGAACACGCUUUAUGACUGACAAGGUAUGCGUUCAUCACAUUGUAGUUGUUAUGUCGUCUGCUGCCUUUCUAUCCCCCUCUUUGUCUUAAGCACCAAGGUUUGUGCUAAUCCAAAUAUGUCCAUGUGAAAAACAGGCUACUAAGAAUGCUGUUUUUUUUUACAUAUUUAUAUUGACCCGCUAAGCAAUACUGACUGGAUUUGCAUGAAAUGUCUGUGCAUGGAUAGAAGAACACUUUUAAAAUCUCUAAUUUACCUCACCUAUACAAUAGGAGCUAGGCAUGUACAUGUAUUUACGUUUUAAAAUUGAUAUCUUAUCAUAUUUUAAAUAGAGGCCUGUUAACUGCUGAAAACCUCCCCCGCUUUUUUAGCACAAAUUCAAUGUUUAUGCUUUUCAGAUUUUUGAUCAAAUAAACGCACACCAUUUUUAUUUAUUUUUUUUGGUAGUGACCAGGAGCGUUUAUUUACUCAAUUGUCUAUUACAAGACCACUGUUUGAGGAAAUACAAUAAGGUUAGAUACAUACCAGUCUAAAAUCAUAGCAGUAUAAUAAUCAGCGAAAAACUGAAUUGUUGCUGCUCUGUGUUGCUUUCCUUUUUGUGCAUUCGAAAUCCUCCAUUAUCACUCUGUUCGUAUAUUUCUGGGACAUGAAAAACUAGGAGACUUUGCUUACUGUCAUUUGUCUUUAAUUGCCAAAUUACAAGCUUUCCAAGCCACAAAACGAUUUAAUCCACAUAAUUCCUAGUAGGUUUUCAAUUCCUAAACAUCCAAGCUGAAUAUCAUAUUGCGCUUGUUGGUUGCUUGCCUACAUUUGGGAAUACAACAACAAAAAGCAUGCAUAAUAAUGGAUAUGCUGACACAUUAUUUUUAGACA